AUGGACAAGAACAAAAAGCUCAUCAUAAAGACAUACCAACAGCAGAAAUUUAUCUGUACUGCCAACAUUUCUAUGUACCUGAUUGAAUGGCUUGUCUUUGAAAACCGGUUUUCUUUGAACAACAGUCAAUGUGCACUAUGCCUGGUUCUGACGAAAGUACUGUUUAAAAGAACCUUACAUCUCUAUAUGGAUCAUUAUAAGUUCAGAAGUUAUAUGGACAACUCACAGAAAUCUAAUUCCCCAGUGAAGACUGCUAUUGAUGACGAGAUGAAAAGAGAUUGCUCUGGUCUCAUUAUAGAAGAGGCUAUGUCUGUUGGUGAGUCAGACGAUGGCACUUCGCCUCAUGUUUCUUAUAGUGGGCUUUGUCUUCGUCGUCCAGUGGUAGCUGAUUUAGGCUUAAGUAGCCAUCAAUUGCUGUCAUGUGCUUUUGGCGAAACCGUUGAAGGACCAGUCCCUGAUGUAAUUGCGUCACAGUUUCCUCAGUGGGCUCUUAGAAACGAACCCUAA